AUGUGUCCUACCGCAUGGCGUGGUAUGCAUACACGAGGGGAUAUUGGGCAGCCGUCCAUGAUACUUCAGGCUGUCGCAUCGACUGAUUUGCGGAUUUGGAACGCUUAUUUUGGGCAGCAAGGUUCAAACAAUGACAUCAACGUAUUUGAGUCGUUGCCCAUACUUGAAGAACUUAUUUCCGGGUUGGCACCUACAGCUCCUUUUUAUGCAAACGACAAUUAUUACAAAGCCGGAUAUUAUUUGAGUGAUGACAUCUAUCCAAAGUAUGCUACCUUUGUGAAGUCAUUAACCGACCCAAUUGAUGACAAAAGAAAAUACUUCAAGAAAAAACAGGAGUCGGCGAGAAAGGAUAUUGGACGAGCUUUUGGCGUGUUGAAGAAGCGUUGGAAAGAUGAAGACAAAGCUUUCUGCCAAGACUUCUACGAGCACGACCCGACUUUAAACGAGGAAUAUUGGAUGCAAGAAAUUCCAAUGGAGAAGCGGAUUGAGAACUCAAAUGCGGUUAGAAGCAGGAAAACACAUAACAUGUUAUUGGCUGAUUUGGUGGAUCAUGUAUGGGAGAAUAGCAUGAGGGCGGACGAGGAAGAAUACGUGCCGCCUACCGUUGAGUCAUACUUUAGCGAUGACGACUAG